CGAUCAUUCCCAUCCCAGAUUUUUCUCCUUCCUUCUAUCUUCUUUGCAAACAUACAGAGAUCAAUGGAGAAGGUGAUAAGCAGCUUAGGUUCUCUUUUCGUAUGGACGGUGGUCACUGUACUUCUCUCUCAUAACGUGCUGAUCCAUGCAAAAUCGGCAGGCAUUGAAGAUCAGAAAAACUACUACUCAGACCCAAAUGCUCCCCCUAGCGGUCCACACGGCAGUCCUCCCCACGUAAACCCGCCGCCACCUUAUUCGCCCGGACAUUCACACGGUCGUCCUCCCCACGGAAACCCGCCUGGAAGCUACAACCCAACACCAUCAACCCCUUCAGGUGGAAACUGCGGAACUCCUCCAUCAACACCAAGAAGUGGUGGUGGUUCCGGCCAUUACCCUCCGUCUGCAGGCGGUACCCCCACAACCCCAGUCAUCGUAAGCCCUCCAAGCGGCAGUACUACCCCUACACCUCCCUUCCUCCCUGAUCCUAACACACCUUUCACUGGCACAUGCAAUUACUGGAGGACACACCCAGGAGUUGUAUGGGGUUUGUUGGGCUGGUGGGGAACUUUAGGCAGUGCAUUCGGUGUGCCUAGUGUUCCAGGGUUCGGAGCACAUCUAAGCUUGCAGCAAGCUCUUUCCAACACACGCAAUGAUGGGCUCGGUGCUCUAUAUCGAGAAGGAACUGCUUCCUUGCUGAACUCCAUGGUGAACAACAGGUUCCCUUACACCACAAAGGAAGUACGGCAGAACUUUGUUUCAGCACUAGGCUCCAACAAAGCCGCAGCCGCUCAAGCUCAGCUUUUCAAGCUGGCAAACGAGGGCAGACUCAAACCGAGAGCCUGAAAGCAAUUGCAUUGUUCCUCGGUUGACGAAUGCGUUCUAUGAUUCUAUCUAAGAAUCUAGCCUAGUUGCUAGCUGUGUUGUUUUGGAUUUUAUGUUUUCUAACUAUCUUGUUAUAUCUGUGAGAUUACUACAACAAAUAGUAUUUUAAUGAUCUCGAUGCGCAGCUUAUGUUAUUCUUCUUUAUAAAUAAAUUCAUGGUUUAGUUUGAAUUUUU